AAGUCAGCAGCCGCGGCCAAAAGACAGGAUAGAGGGGUGUAUCACUGCAUCCGUGAUUCAAGUCACCAGGGAUCUCUACAGAGACCAUCUACGACAGCUGUGACCAAACGCGCUGCGUCGCGUGCGUCAAAAGCGAGCAUCUCUGAAAGCGCCGGCCGCCAGACGCCAUCGCAGCCAAUUACGCCAUCGCCGCGACGCAUCUGUGACAAUGGCCGCGACGGUAGCCGCCUCCGAAGCAAGACGCGUCGAAGAGACCCGGGAACUAGCCGCGCAGACCGCGGCCGAGUGGAUCGCCGCCCAGCCCGACGCCAAAUUAGUGAGGGAGGCCGGCGCCCUCAAGUGCGGCAAGAAGGGCACGGUGGAAGUCUUAGAGCUACAAAAAGAAUACAGGCAGGAGCUCGCCAAGAUCACGGACGGCAAGGUGUUAGCCGAAUGUUGUUCUCCAUUAAGACGCGCCGCCUCCAAGGUUUUGGACGACGGCGGCUGCGUUGUGUUGCGAGGCUUCCCUCUUGAGAAUGAUGCCUCGGUCGCGUGGCGGUGUUUGGCCAUUUCUGAAGCCUUAGGUGAGACGCUGCCGCAAUUACCCGAUGGGGAAGGCUUGCCGCGGAGGAUGGUCUCCUCCUCACCUUUGGGUAACGAGCACCCGUCGCCCGCUUCGUCCAAAAUAGCGAGGAUCUUGAUCGCGUGCGCGCGGCCUCCGAAGAACAAACAAUCACUAAAGGUCGCGACCGCCGAGUGCUUACUACGAGGCACGUCGCUCGAAGCGCGGGGCACGCUGCGACGGAACUGCGCCUACGCCUGCGAGUCUUACUCGGACAAGUGGGGCGGCGCCAGAGAAGGGAAGGCGCCCCUAUGUGGUCAAGAUGCGAAUUACCGCAAAACGCUCAAAUACUCGGCGCAACUCAAAGUAAAUGUGGACUGGUGCGAGCAGGCGGAGGAGGCGGCCAUCGACGCCUGUUCGGAGUUGGAGAAGGCCGCGGCAUCAGCGGCCUUCCCGUUCGAUUUGAGGCAAGGCGACGUCUUGGUUUUUGACGCGUUGCGGUGGCUCUUCUCGUACGACGCUGCCGCGGAUGAUCAUGAUGGCCUCUGCUGGGGUCCUAACGGAUGGAUGCCGCUGCGAGCAUUACCUCCGGACCAACGGAAGGGCGCGCGCAUCGAGCCGUACCUCCUGAAGACGUGGCUCGGGCGGCGCGACUUCGGGGACGUCGUUAAUACAGCGGAGAUUGAAGAUGAUGCGGCGUGGCUCGCGUCGCUGGCUGAUCAGACGGCGGGGGUCGCGGUGCAGUAAGGUUUUCGCGAGUUU